CGUCGCCUGCAGAUCAUGAGACUCGCCUACCUUGCCAACUUGCCCCCCAACAACAGACCAGCAAACCAAUCAAUUGAUCCACCAGAUUGCGGCAACAAGCUAUGACUGCUGAAUCAUCUGCAAAGCCCACUAUCGAAGAAGCUUUGGCUCCAGAAGAAUCCAAAAGUCCAACUCCAAAGCAAACAUUCGAAGGACAUGAGGACAGGAUUUGGAAUUUCAUCUUCUUGCACGACAAUGUCCACGUUGUGAGCGGUUCCGAAGACGGCACGAUGCGGAUGUACAACUGCGACACAGGGUUUCUUGUCGAAAUGCCCUGGAAACACCCCGGGAAAAGCAUAUAUGCAUUGGCACUUUCACCGGACGGGAAGACGAUUGCGUGCGGGAGGAAUGACGGAAGCGUUCAGCGGUGGAAUAUCGACGGGGAGAUGAUCGCAGGCGGUUGGACAGGUCACAACAACACGGUCCGGUCGCUUUCGUGGUCUCCCAGCGGGGACCAUCUUGCAAGCGGAUCUUAUGAUGGAACAAUUCUGAUUCGAAAAACAGAAAAUGGAAGGGUCGUGGUGGGCCCGAUCACGACGGAGCAGAACCGUGUGUGUGCUCUUGCAUAUUCACCUUCGGGUGACAGAAUUGCAUCAGGCGGGUACGAUAAAACGAUUUGCAUCUGGGACUCGGAGACCGGCAAGCGUGUCGUCGGCCCUAUCAAAGGCCAGGGAACCUGGGUGACGUCGUUGGUGUGGUCGUCGGACAGCACAAAACUUUACUCCGCAUCCGACGAAUUCGCACGUGUUUUCGACGGUAAAUCAGGGGAACAACUUCAUUCCUUCAAGCACGACUAUUUUUUGAAUUCUGUCGCACUUUCACCCAAACACAAUGUUCUGGCGUGUGUGGGCUAUUCCGGUACUGCCAAACUAUGGGACACAGAGUCCCUUCAGCCACUCGGCCAGCCAUUCAGCCAGGAUGAUACACUUUACCAUGUGUCAUUCUCUCCAGAUGGGCACCAUCUAGCAUAUGCCGGAAUUGACAACAAACUCACUCUCUGGUCUGUCAAAGAUAUAGCUCCUCAGCUUGUACCACCCAUACUUCCUCAGCAAAGUGACAAACAAAGCAUACAACAGGAAACUCGGCCCAACUCUCCAUCAUCAUCAUGUCUCGACGCUGAUGCUACUGGCGGUGAUGGUAUCGUUGAUGUGAGGUGCGAUGAUCCAUACAGCAACUUCUUUCAGACUUCGCACCAAUCUCUUCCAUCGGUAACGCUUGGGUCCCAACUCCCCAACCUGUUUUCCGCUCGCCGCUUCUUGAAUGUCUUCUCUCGCCUUCACCCACCGGCAGAUGAGUCCGUGCCAAAAGAACGCUCGAAGCGCAAGUUCUUCGCUCGUCGCUCAAAGUCAUCCCUGGGGCUCGCAACCAUGAAAGUAAACCAACUAGUACUAGAAGGGAAGGCGGGAGAAGGAAGAGGCAAGCAAAUUAAUAAUGAUCGUAGUUACGCGAAUGAUCCGCUCAGUGCUAGAAAGGAUAAAGGCAUACAGCGAGACGAGCCUCCCACGGACGCGCAGAGCCCACCAUCUGAUGAUCCCACUCGCCCCGACAAUGUCGAUAGCAAAGACAAUCGAAACCUCUGGAAAAGGAUGAUGCGUUCUCGAGUAAAAGACCCCUCUGACACCAACAUUGCUCCAGUUAUGAAAUGUCCCGAGGUCGUUGAGGUAUAUGCUGUGCGCGGGUUCCAGAGAUUUGUUGCAAUGAAGCGGGUACGCAAGUCAAAGCCAUUGGCGGUGACCGGCGAUGUUCUUCCCGUAAAUGCCAGCUCGUCACAGCCGAGAUCAUCGUCGCAAGUGGUCUCCAUACAGGCAGGGCCGCCAUCGCCCACCAUUGUCAUGAAUGGAACUCAAUCUUCACAAGCUACUAGAGGUCCAUCAUUACACGCACCCCCAUCGCAUGCCAUGGCUGUCACUGUAGCUCGAUACGCACCCCCAUCACACGCCGUGGCUGUCAACGUAGCUCGAUCGUCGCAAGCCAUUGGAGGUCCAACAUUGCACGGGUCCCCAUCGCGAUUUGUGACCAACUACUACACCAAUCACGACUCAGAUUCACGCUCGAGCAUCGAAGGCUCCUGCAACAGGUUUCUUGAUAUGAUAUGUUUCCCCUUUGGACGCUACCACAAUGAUUCUUAGUGUUAGCUGUUUUCAUGCCUUGUGUAGGUUGUAUCCUUCCUUCGUGUUGAAACUUUGUUUUUCGCAUUGGCUAUCAAACUCAUUUUGCCGCAAUCAGUGAUCACAUUAUUUUCUCUCGUAUGUGUUAAGCUGACUUCUGUGACUACAUUGUGUUCCAUGGGCAUCAGAACUGUCCUCGAUAUUUUUACACGUGUUCUACUACGGAAACACCUAACGGGCGGCUUCACUUGAUACAUUAACCUC